CAGGAUCAUAUGCCGAAAGACUGGAAACCAAAAACGAUAAAUUGCCUAUUUUCAUUACCGAUAUUUUGUUAUUAAUUUCGAACAAUCGAUUAGUCAAUAGAGCACAUUUGCAUCCCUAAUGGAAACGUGAACGUGAAUUUGUUUGUAAAUAGAGUGAAAUGGAGGAGAAUACAAAUGAACAGUUCAUUGAUGAUGUAUUUACGUGUGCAGAAAAGUCUCUUACUGAUGACGAGAAACAGAAAUUGGAAGAGCAGAAUAAACGUUUAAUACCGGAGUUCAAGGCUCGGCAAUUAGAAGCACAGGCACAAAAACAUUGGGACCUCUUCUAUAAACGUAAUGAAACUAGAUUCUUUAAAGAUCGUCGAUGGACAACGAGAGAAUUUCAAGAAUUAAUUAACGACUAUCCCUCCCUGCCAUUGGGUGAGGGAAAUGAGUGCAGAAAACUAUUGGAAGUGGGUUGCGGAGUUGGAAAUUUUGUGUUUCCUUUAAUGGAAGAACUCGAAUCUCUAGGACAGAAAAAUAACUAUUUUUAUGCAUGUGAUUUUUCUCCCCGGGCCGUGGAAUUUGUUCGUUCCAAUCCAAAGUACAAUGAGGAUCGUAUUAAAGCCUUUCAAUGCGAUAUAACGACGAAUUCAAUUCAUCAAAAUAUUCCCCCCGAAAGCAUAGAUAUAAUAUCAAUGAUAUUUGUUCUGUCUGCUAUUUCACCCUGUAAAUUCGAUGCAGUGAUUAAAAAUCUUCGCGCUAUACUUAAGCCUGGUGGCAUUGUACUAUUUCGGGAUUAUGGUCGCUACGACAUGGCACAGCUCAGAUUUAAGUCUGGACAUAAAAUUUCCGAUAAUUUCUACAUGCGCCAAGAUGGUACUCGAAGUUAUUAUUUUGCCGAACAGGAAUUAUCAAAUUUAUUUAGAGAAAAUGGUUUUGAGAUAAUGGCAAAUUCGUACGUACAUCGUCGUACACUUAAUGUAAAAGAAGGUAUCGAUGUACCUCGUAUUUUUCUACAAGGCAAAUUCCGUAAGUUAUAGUCGUAAAGACCAAAUAAAAAGGCAAUAAUUGUUUACUUGAAUAUAUAGUUUUCUCUUGACAGUUUAUUUUUAGUAGAUUAUAAUUUCCAUUUCUUUAUUUUAUUUUAAUUGAUAAUAUGUAACAUGAUUUGGUGUAAUUGUAAUUAACAUUUCAAUAAAUACAUAUAUGAUUUUCAUUAUUAGUCGGCUUUAGAUUACAGAAUAGGUAUGUAUUGUUAUCUAUCAUAUCUGGUCAUUUAUUAUUUUCUUUAAUUAUGCACACAAUUACAUAGAUAUUUUUUAUUUAUUGUAUUCAUAUUUGUUUUAUUCGAUUAAUGCUCAAAAUAAUACAAGAACUUGCUAGAGUAAAAUUAAUUAACAAUUCAAUUAUUCACAAAUGUAUAUUAUAUAAAAUAAUGUAUUUUUGGACAAAUAGAAAAAAUAAAUGAUUUAUAUGGUUGUUAAAAUCAUUUCAACAAUAGCUACUGCAUAUAGAUGAAUGUUUGCAAUUAAUUCCAGAACUUCUAAAUAUUUGGUCUUAAAUUAUCAAAAUAUCUGAAAAGUUCGUGUGAUAUCAUUGUCCUUUUAUAGCCAAUAAAAAUACUGCAUAAAACCAAUGCGAAAUACUUUUUUGUAUUAAAUUCAUCUGAAUUAAAUAAGUACAAAUCUUCUAUUUCCGAAAAGAUCGUUUAAACUACUCAAAACUUUUGAUAAAAAAUAUAUGCGUAAAAACAUGCAUUUUGACCUUUCGAAAGAGAACAUUUAUUUUUAUAAUUUGCCCAAAAGUUAAUAUGUAUAUGUUUGGUUAAUGAACGCAACAUAGUAUUUUUUUUCUUACCAAUUUCUAAACAGGGCGUGGACUAUAUGUUAGUAAGGAGUUUGAGAUCUUGGAUUCACUUUGUUUUUCAAUCUCUUUUCAACAUGGAAUUGUUUCAUUUAUAAAUUGUAAUUGAAACUUAUAUAAACCAAUUUAAUAAGGAGAGACAUGCCUUUCUGUGGUUAUGUGAAUGAAUAAUUUGUUUAUUUAUCAUCAUUAUUUCCGUUUUAAUUUAUUUAUACAUU